AUGAAAAGGCAAGAGGUACGAAAGUAUCUUAAAUUGAUUAAUCAAUCUCAAGACAGCGAACUGGCAGUGAAGAGUAGCAUUGGACCAACAAUUAACACAAUUGAAGGCAGUCGAAGUGUAGCAAAUAAAAUAUAUGAUAUUUCUAAUUUCGGUAACAAACGUCCAGAGCAUUUAAUUUCGAAUACUUCGAAAGCGAUUCCCAAACAUCAAAUAGUUACUGAUAAAAAUACUAUCAUUUUGCAAAAAGAUGAAGAAGUCCAGAAAGAGUUGAAACAAUAUGAUGCUUUUCAGCUUCAAGUCGGUAAUGAUGCCGCAGUUGACGCCGUGAAUAAGCGAAACUUUGGUAAACCAUUCAUUCAGACGAAAAACCAAAGAGGAACCCCUCUUUUUAUUGCAGAUUACUGUUCAUAUACUAAUUCACAAAACAGUGAUGAUCUAAAUUCUCCCAAACUGAGCAUAAAUCAAGAAUUACAUGACGUAAAUUCCAAGAGGAAGCUUCUCUUCACUCGCACUGCAGUUAGUAAAAAUUCACACCGUAUCCUUAUGAUGCCUGAUCGCUUUCCUGUAAAAAAUCCUCCCUCAACUAAUAAUCUAAUGCUAAAUAGAAGAAAAGACAUUAAAAAUGAAAGACCGACAACAGCAAUAAAGUUACCGUGGAAUAUAGAAGACAAGAUACAUAUAUGUUUGGAAAAAAAGUGUGAUAAUAUUCUUAAUCGUAACAGAUACAUUUCAACUAUCAAAAGCAAUAAUUUACGGCAAAAUCGAAAAAGCGAUGUCAGGCCUGAUCCGAUUUUUCCAGUAAUAAGUCACUUAGUAACAGCUAAAAAGCAUUCAAGAUUCAUAUGUAAUCGCAAUAGUAGACAAAAUAAUUCAUGUCCAAAUACACGUACAUCAUCCUAUGUCCCUUCUGCUUCCGGAGGGAUGUUUAGAUUAAACCCUGCACCAAUGACUAAGGAAUUAAAGGAGAAAAUUCUCUUAGAAAAGGAAUUAUAUGAAGCGGACUUUGCUAAAGAAAUUAAAAUCGAUACCGUUCUUCAGGUCUUAGAUUUAUCUGAUUCAAUUAAAUCAUCUGUAAAAUCGAGAAUCAAUAAGAAUAGAAAAAAAACUUUCCGACAAAAUGUUCGAUUUAGUCAGAAUAUGAUCGAAAUUUUUGAGUACUGGCCUCAUUCCCCAAUCCUACCAUGA